UGGAAGAAGAAUAAUAAGAGUAAGUUAAAUUUGUGUAAAACUUUCUCUACCACUUGUGACAAUUGGUUGCAUACAAAGGAGGAGCAAGUUUAUAUUACUGUGGAGCAGCACCCAAGGAUAGAAGACUUGGAUUAUGUCGUAGUUUCAAUCGACAAAGAGAAUUUGGAGCCCACAAUAUUAACUAAGAUCGAUAAUCCCUUUCCUGACUGUGUCUUUCAUCCAUAUGAUUCUUGCAAUGGUUUGAUUUUACUGUUGUAUGAUAACAUUUGGGGUAAAGAUCCCGACAUUUCCCAGGAGGCUAUUUGGAAUCCGACAACCAACAAACUCAAAAUCAUUCCUACAUCUCCCUUUACCUUGGACCCGUAUAAGAACUAUAAGAAGAAAAUCUGCAAUCAUUUUGGUUUUGGGUAUGAUUCCACAUGUAACGACUACAAGGUGAUAAGAUUUCUGGAAAGAUAUGAUCGCUCCCUUGCCGUGGCUGAAUUAUAUUCUCUCAAGACUAACUCAUGGAAACACGUCUACUUUAAUCCAAUUAGCCUUUAUCCGUACGGCGAUCCAUUUGCAAAAAUUCACGCAAAUGGCACUUAUUACAGGUUAGAUAUCGUAGACUUAAAUUACAUAGACUCCAAUUCUAUCCGGCCUUUUAACUUUGCUACGGAGGAGUUUGAUUCAUUAUAUAUUCCUAUUCCCCCGACUGAUAAGUUGAAUAGAUAUAAAUUUUGUCAUAUGAAGCUCGUUGAAUAUUGGGGCUCACUCGGUUUUUUGGCUUCGACUAGUAUGUGGGUAGACGGCGUGAAGUAUAAUGAUUUUGAACUUUGGGUGUGGGACGACGCCAAUUUGUUGUGGCGACUAGAGUCAACGUUUCUCGUCAAUAAGAUGCAUAGUUUUAUGGGCCUCUUUGAGAAUGAUAAGUUGUUUUAUCUACAGUUGGGGUUGGGGGGUCAUCUGACGGUCCAAGAUUGUGCAAUGAAUAAGGUGAUGAACCUGUCGAAUGUCUGUAGUCAAAGGGUGGGCAAGAUAUUCCCUUUUGUUGAGAACUAUGUUUCGUUGAGCUCGUAUGGAAAA